AUGACAACGGAAGCUCAACUUACGGCCUUCAUCGCGCGGCAACGUACUCUACUAGCCAAAGAACGAGAUGCUGAAGUUGAACGAAGCUCACUGCUGUUGUCCAACUGUGGCCCCAAAUUGCUAGAACAGAAGGGACUGUCAUUAGGCGGGCUUGGCGUCUCAAGCAUCAACAUCGGUUUGGGUGGAAAAACGUUAGUUGAAUUAGAACGCCCCUCCGCGUAUCACUCUAGCCCACUCUUCCCUCCACACACGAUCAGACCAGGAGAUCUUGCUCGGAUUGAAGCUAAUGUGUCAUCGGGCGGGGCCACGAAGAAGGCCAAAAAACCAACCUCGACUGACACAAAGUCGACUCAGGUGGAAGGCGUCGUUUACAAAGUCUCUGAUACACGUAUCGUCAUCGCGGUCGAGCCAUCAGACUCUGCUUCAGAAGACCUAGACCUCCCAGAACGUUGUCGAGUCGUUAAGCUUGCAAAUAGUGUGACAUACGAUCGCAUGGACAAGGCAAUUGAUCACAUCGAGAAGACUGUUAUACCUUCUGUCUGUCGUGGCGAUGCCUCGAAAGCGGCUGUGAACCCUUUGAUUCAAGUCCUCCUCGGCAUAACGCCACCCUCUCGAAGAAUUCCCCUUGAUAAUAUCGUCUUUUUCGAUGAACACCUAAACGAGAGUCAGAAAGAAGCUGUCAAGUUCUGCCUGGAAUCCCCGGAAGUAGCAUGCAUUCACGGCCCUCCAGGUACUGGGAAGACGCAUACGUUGAUCGAAAUCAUUCGCCAGCUGACGGCUGAAAGUCCCACGAAUCCGAAGCCCAAGCGACUUCUCGUCUGCGGCGCCUCCAACUUGUCAGUCGACAACAUCUUAGAGCGUUUAUUGGCGCUGCCCGCCGACGGAAAGUCUGAGAAGGUAAAAGUGACACGGAUUGGUCACCCGGCUAGGGUCAUGACACACGAAGGCAUUAUAGAAUCCACGUUAGAGGUCAAGGCUACUCGGACAGAGCAGGCGGCAUUGGCCAAAGAUGUCAAGAACGAGUUAGAGACUGCUCUUGGAGUUUUGUCUGGAAAGGGAAAAAGUGUGAAAGGAAAGGGACCAAGGGGCGCGGAGCGUAAAAAGAUGUGGGAGGAAGUGAAGGCUCUGCGAAAAGAGUACCGCCAGAGGGAAGGCGGGGUUGUGAAAUCUGUCCUCGGGGAAUCACAAAUCGUUCUUGCUACAUGUCAUUCUUCUGGCGGCCGACAGCUUCGUUAUCAUGACUUUGACGUCGUUAUCAUUGAUGAAGCGACGCAAGCCCUCGAAGCUGUCUGCUGGAUUCCCAUUUUCAAAGCAAAGAAGCUCAUACUGGCGGGAGACCCCAUGCAGCUUCCUCCAACUAUACUCUCAAUUGGCAACAACAAGAAAGCAAAAGCAAAAGCUGGAAAAUCUGCAUCAAUAGCCACGAACAAGCGCAUCGAGCUCAUGCCUCCACGCACCCUGGAGACCACCCUUUUUGACCGCCUCGAGAAGAUGUACGGCCCCAGCAUCAAAAGAAUGCUCAAAGUUCAAUAUCGAAUGCAUGCUCAGAUCUGUGCCUUCCCGUCCAAGACCCUAUAUGGUUCUAAACUUCAAUCCCACUCCUCCGUUGCGGCACGCCUACUGCAAGACUUGCCCAACACACAUGCCGAUUCGGAGGAAGACGUCAAAGACAUGCUACAGACUCCAGUAGUGUUCUUCGAUACCGCUGGCUGCGAGUACUUUGAGAGACUUGACGGAGACGGGGAUGAAGGAAGCAGAUGCAACGAGAAUGAGGUGACUAUUGUGAAGAAUUGGGUUGAGAAACUCGUAGAGGUUGGGAUACAGCCGAAACAGAUCGCCAUCAUCACUCCAUAUCAAGCGCAGGUGACGUUGCUGACGUCUACCCUUCGCCCGACAUACGGCCCCGAUUUGGAGAUUGGCACAGUGGAUGGAAUGCAAGGCAGAGAAAAGGAAGUGAUCAUCAUCAGCUUAGUUCGAAGCAAUGACACCAGGGAAGUUGGAUUUUUGAAGGAGAAACGCAGAAUGAACGUUGCUAUGACUCGGGCGAAACGUCACCUUUGCAUCGUUGGCGAUUCUUCAACUGUCUGUCAUGGUGGAUCAUAUCUCAAGAAAUGGCUUGCGUGGCUGGACACUAACGCAGAUGUCAAGUAUGCGGGUCUCGAAUAG